UGGCCAAUCACGCGGCAGUGCAUCAAAUGGCAGAGCAGCAACCGACAACCAUGGUGAAGCUGCGCGGCUACGACUUCUACCGCGCCAUCGGCUCGCCCAAACACAUCGUGGCACCCAUGGUAGACCAGUCGGAGUUGGCCUUCCGCAUGCUGUGCCGAAAGCUGGGCGCCGAGUGCUGCUACACACCGAUGUUCCACAGUCGUCUGUUUGCCGAGAGCGCCGAAUACCGCGAGAAAAUGUUCGAGCACCACAUUCAAGAUAGGCCACUCGUCGUGCAGUUCUGUGGAAAUGAUCCGAAGACAGUGUUGGCAGCGGCUAAGAUGGUGGAGGGCCACUGCGACGCCGUGGACUUGAACCUGGGCUGUCCGCAGGGUAUCGCUCGUAAGGGCCACUACGGGUCUUUUCUUAUGCACGACAAGGAUACAGUGAAGGCCAUUGUGGAGACGCUGAGUGCUGGAUUGAAUAUCCCCGUUACAGUCAAGAUCCGUGUGUUCCCUGACGACAACGAAACGCUGGAGUUCGCAGACAUGCUGCAGGAGGCUGGAUGUGACCUGCUGACUGUGCACGGUCGCACCAAAGAGAUGAACAAGACAGCGGUGCGCGAAGUAGACUGGGAUAUCAUCCGACGCAUUAAGGAGCGGCUGACGAUCCCAGUGAUCGCAAACGGAGGCAUCGAGACUCACGAGGACAUUGCUCGCUGUCUGGAGGCCACAGGCUGUGACGGUGUCAUGAGCUCUGAGGGGCUAUUGGAGAACCCAGCGCUGUUUGCUGAAACUAACAACACACCGGGUGAAGAUACGUCGUUCUUGGAGCUGGCCAAGCAGUAUCUGGAGUGUGCGACGCUGUACCCGCCUGCAAGCGACAAGAUCGUCCGAGCUCAUCUCUUCAAGAUCCUGUUCCAAGACCUGCGGAUGCACUCGGACUUGCGCGACGCUCUUGCAGCCGCCAAAUCACAAGAUGAAAUGGUGGAAAUUGUCGACGAACUGGCCAUGCGUUUGAAGGAGGCACAAAGCGAAAACGCUGGGCCCGAAGCCAAGAAGGUGACAUAUGCAGCCGAGACGAGCUGGUACCGACGUCAUAGACAAGGCCAAGAGAAGCUUCGACGCCGCGACUCGUACGAGAAGUGCCUCGACACCGGCUUCGGCAGUCUCUUCGCGUAAGCCCAACAUGUUUGUUUACACAGCGAGACAGAGCCCACAAUGCGGCUAACUGAUAGAGUCUAUUGAUCUUUGGGUCUGAUGUUCAUGUUGUCUAUGAUGUCUCGUCAUGGUCCCUAACACUGACGUUUGUAUCGUUAUGAUACGGAGUUGAGUCCCAUUCCCCAGCCAAGCUUCAUCCGUUUUUCACGAGGAGGCAAACUGUCGUCGGUCGAGCGUGAGGGUGAAGAUCCAGCAGAGGCUGUAAAGCUCGCUGGCAACGGGACAUACUCGCUGACAUCCUGCAUCUCCGAAUCCUCGGUAUCAGCAUGCUUGA